AUGAAACGUCUGCAGGAAAACCGCCAAACUCAGAAGGCACCCAGGAUCCCACAGUUCAACCCUGAGCUACCAGUAUGGCACCCCUUGUUCCCUCUGCUUGCUCUGGUCUUUGAGAAAUGUGAACUGGCCACUUGUUCUCCCAGAGACACGUCCGGUUCUUACCCAGCAGGAGACGUCUGUUCAUCGGAUUCCUUCAAUGAGGACAUCGCUGUCUUCGCCAAACAGGUUAGGACAGAAAAACCUUUAUUUUCUUCCAAUCCUGAACUGGAUAAUUUGAUGAUCCAGGCUAUUCAAGUGCUGAGAUUUCAUCUCCUGGAGUUAGAAAAGGUUCAUGACCUCUGUGACAACUUCUGCCACCGCUACAUCACCUGCCUGAAGGGGAAGAUGCCCAUCGACCUGGUCAUUGACGACCGAGACGGAGGCUCCAAGUCCGACCUGGAAGACUUCGGGGGGGCUUGUCUCUCUGACCAGGUGGGUCUUUUUGGUCCAGACAGCCGAUGUGGGCAGCAGUCCCACUUUCUCUUUGCCGGCAAACUGCUGGGGGCUGGCAGGGGCAGAGGCAGGGGUGACAUUGAUAGCCCCAAGGCAGAAAUUGCAGACCCCCAACACCCUUAUCCCUCGGAAGAACAGAAGAAACAGUUGGCCCAGGACACGGGACUCACCAUUCUUCAAGUCAACAACUGGUUUAUUAAUGCCCGAAGGCGCAUAGUACAACCUAUGAUCGACCAAUCAAAUCGCACAGGUCAAGGUACACCGUAUAGUCCCGACAGGCAGCAAAUGGGAGGUUAUGUUAUGGAUGGGCAACAGCGCAUGACAAUUCAUCCUCCAGGACCAAUGGGAAUGACGAUGGGUAUGGAGGGCCAGUGGCACUACAUGUGAAAGUCCGAACUCUCUGCCGACAUCAGAGGGGAAGACUCCAGUUCUUAGGCUUGGUGACCUUGGAGAAGACACUUCCUGGUUUACGGGCACAGGAUUCACGGAGCGUCGGGGCCCUGCUGCGCCCUCACUUCGGACUUCCCCUGCACUCAAGAAUGUCCUCCUUCCCCAAUGGCACACGGCCCGCUUUCUGCACUGCCACAUCGCUCUCUCUCCUCCGAGAGGGAACACGCAUGGACCACUUGGCCCGUGCUUCUCCUUCCACCGCUCCUUCUUCCCUACACUCCUUUCCCCACAGGAGGACUCUCCCAGUGACACCUCCCUCCGACUUCAAAGGUUCCAGGAUGGCCUUUUGCCCACCAAGUUUUUAGGUGCCAGAUGGUGGAGUGUUGACAAGCUAAGCCACUUUUGCGAGCAACUCCUCCCAACAUCAGAAGAACGGGCAGAUGGACAGCACUGGUCAACUCUGGAAGAGAACUGCGGGGCUGCGGGGGGAGGGAGAAGCAAAGGGGUUUAAUUGUUGUCAGUGUCUCUCUCUCUCUCUCUCUCUUUUUCCUCCCCCCACACAGAAAAUAUAUGUGAGUCUGUAUGCCCCCCUCUUUCCCCCACCUGGGAGAUUGCUGUUGGCCACAUUGGCCAUGUCCAUCAAUCUUUUCAAACAAGACAAAAAGU